AUGUGUUGUGAUGCGAUAAGUGUAUGUUGUAAGAAAUGUAAACUCUUCUACAUGUGGUACUCUGAUAACUUAUUUAAAUAUGUCGAUUGGGUAGAAGGGUGUUACAUUAGUGGUAUCAGAGCAUGGUCAGUCCAGUCGAGUCAUAAUGUGAUGUUUUCCCUGUUGGUCGACGAGUUUAAGAAUUUGGGAAGGUUUAUGAAGAAUAACCCUCCUACAUUCAAAGGGCGCUAUGAUCCAGAUGGUGCUCAGAUUUGGCUGAAGGAGAUUGAGAAGAUUUUCCGGGUGAUGACGUGUACUGAAGCACAGAAGGUGCAGUUUGGUACGCAUAUGUUAUCUGAAGAGGCUGAAAACUGGUGGGAUAACACUCGCCAGAGAAUUGAAGUACCAGGUGCUGAGAUGACUUGGGAAAGGUUCAAGACGGCCUUUCUGGAGAAAUAUUUUCCUGCUGAUGUGCGAUGUAAGAAGGAGAUGGAAUUUCUAGAACUGAAGCAGGGUAACCUGUCUGUUGCUGACUACGCUUCGAAGUUUGAGGAGCUGGUGCAGUAUUGUCCUCACUAUAAUAAUGCUGAUGCUGAGGGAUCCAAGUGUGUCAAGUUUGAGAACGGAUUGCGUCCCGAGAUCAAACAAGGCAUUGGUUACCAGGAGAUUCGUAGGUUUCCUACAUUGGUUAAUAAGUGCAGGAUAUUUGAGGAAGAUAGCAAGGCUAGGACUGCUCAUUACAAAAGUCUUAGUGAGAAGAAGAAUAAGGAUCGUGGUAGUCCUUAUGCAUCUCCGAAUGGUAAAGGUAAGCAGAAAAUGGUAGAUGAGAAGAAGCCAAGUGGGGGAGGAUCUUCCAUAGCUGGUAAAUGUUUCAAGUGUGGCGAGCCAGGCCACCGUGCUGAUAGCUGUACCAAGAAAGUGCUGAGAUGUUUCCGAUGCGGUCAGACUGGUCAUAGAGUUACGGAAUGUAAGGAUGCUGGUCCGACAUGUUUUAAUUGUGGCGAGAAAGGCCAUAUCAGUUCGCAGUGCUCGAAACCGAAGAAGGCGGCUACUGCAGCUCAUACUACUGGUAGGGUGUUUGCUCUGAGUGGGGUUGAAGCUCCUAAAGAAGAUAAUCUGAUUAAAGGUACUUGCUUGAUUAAUAAUGUUGAAUUGCUUGCUAUUGUUGAUACUGGUGCUACUCAUUCGUUCAUUUCGUAUGAGUGUGCGACCAGGAUUGGUGUGAUUAUGUCGUCCUUAGGCGGAAGUAUGGUGAUAGAUACUCCUGCUAAUGGUUCUGUGAAGACUUCGGUUGUUUGUCGAGGUUGUCAUUUGACGAUCCUUGAGAGAGAGUUCGUGGUCGAUUUGGUGUGCUUACCCUUGCACCAAAUUGAUAUUAUUCUGGGAAUGAAUUGGCUAGGAUUCUAUGGCGUGUUUAUCGACUGCUAUAGGAAGACGGUGCGGUUUUCUGAAGUUGGUGAGAAUGACGAGGCAAGAUUUCUAUCUGCUAGGCAGGUGGGGGAUUUGGUGAGAGAUGAAGCUCAGAUAUUCGCUUUAUUUGCGUCUCUGCAAGCGGAUAAGAAAGUGGUGAGUGUAGAAUUGCCUGUUGUCGGUGAAUUUCAGGAUGUGUUUCCGGAGGAUGUAAGUGAUUUACCUCCAGAACGUGAAGUCGAAUUUGCCAUUGACUUAGUACCAGGUACGAGUCCAGUGUCGAUGUCUCCUUAUAGAAUGUCGGCAACUGAAUUGGUUGAAUUGAAGAAGCAACUUGAAGAAUUGCUUGAGAAGAAGUUUGUGCGUCCAAGUGUUUCUCCUUGGGGUGCACCAGUAUUGUUAGUGAAGAAGAAAGAAGGUACGAUGAGGUUGUGUGUCGAUUAUCGGCAGUUGAAUAAGGUGACUAUCAAGAAUCGGUAUCCAUUGCCGAGGAUUGAUGAUUUGAUGGACCAGUUGAGUGGAGCUCAUGUUUUCAGUAAGAUUGAUUUGCGGUCGGGUUAUCAUCAGAUCCGAGUGAAGUCAGAUGAUAUUGCGAAGACUGCUUUCCGUACGAGGUAUGGUCAUUAUGAAUACACUGUGAUGCCGUUCGGUGUGUCUAAUGCUCCAGGUGUGUUUAUGGAAUAUAUGAAUCGUAUAUUUCAUCCGUACCUUGAUAAUUUUGUUGUGGUGUUCAUAGAUGAUAUAUUGAUAUAUUCUAAGACGGAAGAAGAGCAUGCAGGACAUCUGAGAAUUGUUUUGCAGGUGUUAAGAGAAAAGAAAUUAUAUGCAAAGUUAUCUAAAUGUGAGUUCUGGUUGAAGGAAGUGAGUUUCCUUGGCCAUGUGAUUUCGAGCGGUGGGAUUUCGGUUGAUCCUGCUAAAGUUGUUGUUGUAUUACAGUGGGAGACUCUGAAGUCUGCUACUGAGAUACGCAGUUUUCUGGGGUUAGCUGGUUAUUAUCGCAGAUUUAUUGAAGGCUUCUCUAAGUUGGCAUUGCCGUUGACGCAGUUGACUAAGAAGGGUCAAGUGUAUGUGUGGGAUGCAGCUUGUGAAGCGAGUUUUGUUGAGUUGAAGAGGCGGUUGACCAGUGCUCCAGUGUUGAUCUUGCCUAAUCCUGGUGAGUCCUUCGUUGUUUAUUGUGAUGCUUCUUUGAUGGGUCUUGGUGGUGUUUUGAUGCAGAAUGGUAAAGUUGUAGCUUAUGCUUCUAGACAGUUGAGAGAGUUUGUGUUCCGGAGGUGUCCGAAUUGA